AUGGAAAUCGUUUUAAGGAGGAGGGCGGAGGGGAAAGCCAGCAGCCAGGCACAUCCUCGUCACCCCCGAAGGGAGCCGCUGGGGCCGCCGGGCGCGGGAGCGGGACCGGGCGCGGCGCCUCUGCCGGCCCGGCUCGCUCUUUCUUCGCUCCUCGGCCGGGCCGCGCCUCCCCGCCCCGCGCCGCCGCCGCCGCCGCCGCCGCCGCCGAGCAGCCCGCGGGCUGAGCGAGCCCUCCGCGGCGCGCAGCCGGGAGCGGGAGCGGGAGCGCGAGCGAGCCGCCGCCUGCCGGCCUGGGCGCCGGGCGGCGCUGUCUCCCGGCCGCGCAGCUGGAAUUUAAAGAGACAGGCGCGGCGCGAGGUCGGGGCCGCGGCCCGGGAGAGCGGCACGCUGGGCGCCCGCCGCCUGCGCCCCCGCCCAGCGGCCCGAGCCAGCCCUGCGAGGAAAGUUUUCUGCGGGGACGACGCGGGGAGCGCCUGAAACCGGCCCCGGCCUCCUCUCCCGAAUGCGCAACGCAGGCUGCAAGCAGACUAGCGAAGCAUCUCCUUUUCCCUUCCCUCCCAGCCGUGGAGAAUACGCAUGAGGGUAGAAUCCAACCUCUGGUCCAGCAUGAUCCGACAAAUUGCAUUCCUGCCGGCACCUUUUCCCUACAGCGAUGGAUGUGUCUAUCAGAAAGAAACAUCUAGUCUGGCUGGCCCUCUUCAAUGCCUAGCGGAAAACCAGUUUUCAAUGGGCAGUUCUGUCACUGCUAUUGUAAAUAAAGCUCAGAUUUGUGCUAUUCCCAACAUACAGCCCAGGCAGAAUGUGUUUAUAAAUUACAUGAUUUAAUGCCAUCAUGGAUGUACGAGUACCAGAGAAAUUAUGAUCCAAUUUAUUUUACUAUUCUAACCACUACAUUUCACUGCUUUGUAUAUAGUAAACAGCCAUUGUGGUACAGUUCCACAAUGGGGGUAAAAAACAAGGAGACCCUCCCUGUGGUCUUGUCCAAAUCAAUCAAGCAGAUUUCACAGAGUUACUCUUGCAAAGGGUAGCAGCUAGUCCAUAAACAGGGAGGGCAUUCUAUUGGGUUGGUAGAAUGUAUUGUCCGAAGGAAUGAAUCUAGUCAGUCUAGAUUAUCAACACCUUGUGGGCAGGAGACAUGGAUACUUCUCUUAGACCGUAUACAUUCUCAGGAGCCCAGCACUGAGUAAGGAUGCUACAUUCUAACUCAAGGGUCUUAAAUUUCUUCCCUGUCUCUCCCUAUGGACUGACCUCCAGUACUGACACCUGUUCCAUGCAUCCAUCAUGCUCUCUUUUACCCUGCUUCCAGAGUGAGCCUGCAAUAAACAAUAGUCUUAUCUAAAUCCUCCCAUAGUUCCCCAUUUCCUUCAGGGAAAUAACCAAUUUUUUUACUGUGGCAUAGUAUAGGGUUUCUCAAACUUUAUCAUGCAUCAAAAUGAUAACCAGAUAACCAAAAUUAAACAAAGACUUCUAGACCCUGUAUUCCUGUUCAACUUUUCCUCUUUAAUGGAUCAAGGGUGGGGCAGCAGAAUUUGUAGUCCUGACAAGAUCCCAGCUGAUGCUGUGGAUCUGGGACCCAUCCUUUUAAAACCAUCUUUUAUGAUGUAGCACCUGCCUACUCCUGCUGCUUCAUCCUUUACACCUACCCUGCAUUUGCUAAGCCAGUCAAACUUACUGAUGCCAUGCUUUCUCAAACAUCUGCUGGUUUCUGCCAGGAAUUCUUCCCCCACUUUCCCCACAUCCGCCAUCACCGCAUCUGAUAACUUGCUCAACCAGAAAACUCAAGUCGUUCAGGAUGCCUCCCUGAACACUCGUGGGUCCCACACCUGAGUUUACACCACCCCUUGUGCUGCCACUGUGCCCGCUUUUCACACCUUAGGUAUAACAACUGCAUGUUUGUCUGCUUCCUCACUAGACUGGCUGUGCUAAGGGCAGGGACUAUAGCUUACUUAUUCCCACAUCCCCAAGUACUUAGCACAUUGGCCAAGAUAUUGCAACUCAAUAAAUGUGGAGGCGGGUGAGGAGAGAGAAGGAGAGGAAGAUGGACACCGUUUUUCACUGUGAUGAUGGAGGACACAGUGAGAAGAUGGUCAUCUGUGAACUAGGAAGCUUGUCCCCACCCAACACCGAAUCUGGCUUCUUGAUCAUGGACUCACCAGCCUCCAAAACUGUGAGACAUGAACAUUUGUCAUUCAAGCAACCUAGUCUCGGAUAUUCUUGUUAGAGCAGCCAGACACUCUUACCUCUCCUAUUCCUCAAAGCAACCCUGCAAGACAAACAUUACCUGAAGGCUCAGGCGAGGAAAAGUGAAGUCGCUUGCUUAACAUCACGCAGCUGUUUGGUGGCUCUUGUGGAUCGAGGGGAGGGAGCUCCCGCUUCACUGCCAGCACCACAGAGACUGCUUACCACAGCUCUCAAGACAGAGUCCUCAGAACAGCACCAGAGGCAUCACCUGGGAACCUGCUGGACAUGCAGACUCUCACUCCCAUCCCAGAUCUGUCGAGUCGGAAGUGCUCCUGGUGGGAUCCAGAACAUGGUCUUUCCACAAGUCCUCCUGGUUACUCUGAUGUGCACUAAAGUGCGGGAACCACUGCCUUACAACUUGGGCUUCCCAGCUGGCUCAGGGGUAAAGAACCCACCUGCCAAUGCAGGAGAUGUGGGUUCGAUCCCUGAGUUGGGAAGAUCGCCUGAAGAAGAAAAUGGCAACCCACUCCAGUAUUCUUGCCUAGAGAAUUCCAGAGAUAGUGGAGCCUGACAGGCUACAGUCCAUAGGGGUCACAAAGAGUUGAAAGACAGUGGAGCACGCAUGUGUGCACCAACAUGCCUUACAACAUGGUAUUAAAUGGCAUCACUCUCCUUUGGCAUUAAGAACUUGGUGUUACCUUCGGUAAUCAUCUAUUGAAUCCCUACCAUGGUGGUUCUAACAAGCUUCCAGAUCAUACUGAUGUUGCAGGAUCAGGGAUCACAGUUUGAGAACCACUGUCCUACUAUGUCCCCAGCCCUGUAACUAAGCAUUAAUAAUCCUGAGAUUUGUUUUCAAAAGGAACCUGUCCCAAAAUAAAACCAAUGUGUUUGGCUCCAUCAAGCUUAUUAUGAGUAUUCUUGUACCUUAUUCCCUG